AUGCCUGAGGAGAGGAAGCGUGGGAAGAAGCACGGCCAGAACAGUCAGGCUGGCUGGAAGCGACGACAAAGUCAUUCAACUCUGGAGGAGGUUCCGGACCCUGCCCAGGCUCAACAGGCAGGCCCAAUGCCUGUGGGUGCCGUCCUCUCGGAGAAAACAACUCCAAAGGUGUCUGAAAUCACUGAAGUGCCUGCACCGGCUCCAGCUCCUGAGGAGAUCCCAGUUCCAGAACCAGUGCCGGAUCCUGUGGAGGAGAAGCCACUGCCUGCGGCGCCCGCGUCAUCUGCGGCACCCGCGGCACCAGCGGCACCCGUGGUACCUGCGGCACCCGCAGCACCCGCGGCACCGGUGGAGUUGGUUGGAACGGUCGGAAAGGAGGAACCAGCGCCGCCGGCUGCGGAGCCGUUGGCCGCAUGGGUUCAGUUUCAAGAAAAAGCCAGGUGCCAACUUGCACGCACGCGUGUAGCUGUGGAACAUGCACAGCUGAAGGCGAAGACCUUGGCACAAGAUCCUCAUCUCCGUUACAGUGCGGUGGGCGCCAGCGCUGGCGCUGCCAUUGUGGGUGCAGGUGGUGCAGCAACAGGACUCACCACUGGGAGCCUUCUCGGAGCGGCAGUAGGCGUCAUUCCUGCAGUCUUCACCUUCGGCCUGUCGAUCCCCUUCUGCGCUGCUGUGGGCGGCGGAGCAGGAUUGGCUGUGGGCGCUGCCAGCGGCGCCACUGCUGGUGCUUUGGCAGGUGGCGCAACAGGCUAUCAAGCGUACAAUCAUCGUCACGAGAUCCGAGCAUCUGCGAACAAGACCUUGGAACAGGUCACGACCAGCGCAGACUUUGUAAAAGCGAGGGCCAACGCUGCGACAUCCUUCCUAUCAGAACGUGCCACUGUGGCCAGGGCCCGUCUCAUGGGAGGUGGUACUGGUGGAACAGAGGCGCAUGACUGA